AUGGCACUCGACAGAGAUCCAACAAAGACCGAAGCAGGAAUCAUCCAUCUUCCCGAUCUGGUGAUCCACCGAGUCUGCACGUUCUUCUGCAAACACUGUGAGCCGCCGUCACUUGGCGAGGAAGAUGCGCCUGAACAUCUCACACAUCGAGGAAAGGCAACAUUACUAAACCUUUGUAGAGUCGCAAAAUUUCAUCACAGCGCACAACGAAUUCUCUACCACAAUGUCGACAUCCAGAUCCCCCACCAUAACCUUCAAAAGCCCCUUGAAGUCACAAUCGGUUUUCUCACCAGCCUUAGGAUCAAUCCCUCCCUGAAGAACCAUGUUAAGUCACUGAGCAUCCAAGACGCGCCCUGGGCAGGACCCGGCCACUGCCAUGUUCGUCAGUCUUACGACAAUCCACCCCUGCCGGAAUCGCUUCUCAACGAUCUGAGGACUCUCUCGCACGGCCUUCGAAUCCCGCUCUCCAACGUCCAGCUCGAAAAUACCAAUCUUGUGGAAACGCUGAUGCAAUUGAUAUUCAUCUCUCUACGGACAUCUCCCGAACUGAAACUCGCUGUUCGUCCUCAAAGUCCCUGGCAAGACGAGUUAUUCACUGUUUGGAAGGCCCUCGGAGAUCAUAGUGCAACGCUGUUUCUAACACAACGUCUCAAUUUCAUCCUCCCGACAAUACCAAAGUGCAGCUGUCACAGAAGAUUACGUGGGUACAUGCCUCACCAAUACAUCGAGAACAAGGCCGCUAGGUUUCUAAUUAGUCAGGCUGCACAGUCGCUUCGGAGCCUAGCUUGCACGGCAACCGAUCUACAGGAUGCUCCUCUUCUCCCGCAGCUUCAAGAUCUGAAACUUUGCAUCCAGGAGGAGCCCGCACCACAUCUUGCAGCAGCCAUGGAACAGCUCCCAAGCCUUCGUCGAUUGUCGUGUGAGUAUUACGGCAUUAGCUUCACCGGCGGUGAGCCCCCCCAUAGACUUUUCGAGGCCCUGAAGGCCUGUUCCGCCACUCUCCAGGAACUGAAAAUAUCGGCAAACAGGUGCAUGGUUCUCGACUCAGAGCUUAUACAGGCUGGGCUCAGCAGCCUGAAGCAAUUCAAGGUCCUUCCACUCCUGGGCUUCAAAGAGCUCAGGUCAUUUUCAUUCGACGGCAAAAUCAUGAGGCGUUUUGCUAACUCUCUUGAGCAGCUGAUGCCAUCCCCCGAUGGGGAUGAACUUUCCCCCGUCCUGCUGCCGGACUCGCUGGAGACGAUCCAUAUCAAUUUGGAUGAAAUAAGCCAGACGGGCGACGGGGAGUUCGAGAAACCCUGCAUGGACGCUAUCCUCCAUGCAGGGAAGAAAAACUUGCGAACGGUGGUGAUUUCGUCAAGGCGCCGUCGCCAGCACAAAUUCACGAUGGCGAAUCUUAGGGCUGGCCCAAGAGGAUCGCGACAAGAGUGCAGCUGGGAAAUCGCGGAGAUACACAAAGAUGAAAAACUCCGCUUGACGCAAGAAGAAGAUUUCCCAGCCUGGGACGGUUGUUAA